AAGAGAGAGAGAGAGGCACUUUCUGCCAUCCAAAUCCCUUAAACAUCAUCAUUGCUACAAGAGAACCCACUCUGUAACAACUUCAACCACUGAGACAUGACAGGCAGGUUUCCAGUGCCAACAGCAGAUCCACUGUACGCAGAGCUCUAGUCUGAUCAGCAGUGUACCAGGGAAAACAUAGUGCAGUAGACUAGGGAUUGGAAAUAAACCAGGGAGACUGCAGCAGAGACAAGGGAUUCAUUAAGACUAAGGACUUGUUUGAAAGGAAUACUCGAGCUGUGCUAAAGGAACUGGAACAGCAUUCAGCCAUGAUUAUAUUUUCUUCUCGAAGUGUGCUACUGUCAGUCUAUUACCCUCAGAUCUUCCUCAUCCUUACGAGUGGGAGUUACCUGGCUUUGUCUUCAGUGGUGGCUUUGGGAGCGAAUAUAAUUUGCAACAAAAUUCCUGGCUUGGCCCCUCGGCAGCGGGCAAUCUGCCAGAGCCGCCCUGAUGCCAUCAUUGUGAUUGGAGAAGGGGCACAAAUGGGAAUCAAUGAGUGCCAAUUUCAGUUUCGGUAUGGUAGGUGGAACUGCUCAGCUCUAGGAGAAAAAACAGUUUUUGGACAAGAACUACGAGUAGGCAGUAGAGAAGCUGCUUUUACAUAUGCCAUCACAGCUGCUGGUGUUGCUCAUGCCAUUACAUCAGCAUGCAGUCAAGGCAACCUAAGUAACUGUGGCUGUGACCGAGACAAGCAAGGCUACUACAAUCAAGAAGAAGGCUGGAAAUGGGGAGGCUGUUCAGCAGACAUCAAGUAUGGAAUUGAAUUUUCUAGGAGGUUUGUGGAUGCUAGAGAGAUUAAAAAGAAUGCCAGAAGACUGAUGAAUCUACAUAACAAUGAGGCUGGGCGAAAGAUCCUUGAAGAGAGAAUGAAGCUGGAAUGUAAAUGCCAUGGUGUUUCAGGCUCCUGCACAACAAAGACUUGUUGGACCACUCUUCCAAAAUUCAGAGAAAUUGGCUACAUUCUGAAGGAGAAGUACAAUGAAGCAAUACAUGUUGAGGCUGUAAGAGCCAAUCGAUUAAGACAGCCAACAUUCUUGAAAAUGAAAAAGACCAGAAGUUUUCAGAAACCACUGGAAACGGAUCUAGUAUAUAUAGAGAGAUCACCAAACUACUGUGAAGAAGACCCUGCAACUGGUAGUGUUGGAACUCAGGGUCGGCUUUGUAACCGUACAUCACAACUUGCAGAUGGCUGUGACUUAAUGUGCUGUGGACGGGGUUACAACACUCAUCAAUAUACCAAAGUGUGGCAGUGUAACUGCAAGUUCCACUGGUGCUGCUUUGUUAAGUGUAAUACAUGUAGUGAAAGAACAGAGGUGUUUACCUGCAAAUGAGACAAGUUAAAUAAUUAUAUCAUGUUUUAAUUUUUUUGCAACAGGACAUAAACAAUUGACUAUAUUAACUUAUCAAUGCACUAUUUUGCACAUCUAGUUUUGUUUGAGAAAAAAAGCACAUGGAAGCAUCUUUGGUUCUGAUUUCCUGACUGUUCCACCAAUGAAAGUCGACACAAUGAAGUGAGCAUUGCAUCCAAGUGUGUGUGCAUCUAUUCUAAGUUUGUUCCUGGGACAUUGGAAUUAAACAAAAUGAAAAUGCAAUGUGUGACAAGUCAUCGACUCACAAAACACAAAAUAACCAGCUGCUUUAAAAUGUUCUGACUGGACAGAUCUAAAAGUCUUAAUAAACAUUGUCAAACAACAAUUUACAAUAUUAUAUUAUUUCAGGGUAAAGAGGCUACAGAGAAGCAACAAUUCGAAUGGUAAAAGUAAGACUGGUAAUGUUAGAACAAUUUUGUUAUGCUGUAUUACUUCAACUUCUCCAGCAAAGAUUACUGAAAAUCAAGACCAGUAGCAUAAACAUUGUUUUCACUUAACUGACACCAGUUUUUUUUUUUUUUUUUUUGGGGGGGGGGUUGGGGAAUGGAGAGGUAAAUAUUUACUGUCCAGUGGCACUGGAACUGUUUUUUAAUGAACAUUAUGAACAUUUGAAAAUAAAUUUAUUUAUGUUUUAAUACUAUCAAAAAUUUAAGCACUAACGGGUAGUUAUGUAUUAAACCUUUACUCUAUAUAAAAUACAACUCUGUUUUUACGCCAUAUAUUUGAAAAAUCCCAAAAUACUGAAUGCUACUGAAUUCUUCUGACAUUAUUUGUUCAGUAUUACACCCAAGCUCUAAAUAUGUUAAAUGUUGAAAGAUUCAUAUUUUCUAAUCUGUAUGAGAUAUUAUGCACAAUCAGAAAGAGAGGGAAACAUAAAUCUUUUGAGUUGAAUUAAAUGCACAUCAUCUGAAUUUAGCAUUUACAAUGUGUUUUAGGUCAGUUCGGAAGAUGUCUUAAAAAUGUCUGAUACAUUGCUAAGAAUACCAUUUAGCACUAAUAAUCAGAUGGUUCUUUUUAAGUAUAGAUCAGUUUAGAAAGGUAUCUUACCGCUGUCAUCACCAUUGGUUUUUCAUAUAGUAAAAUAGGAGUGCUGUGGCACAGCUUCAUAGAGUGCCUAGAUUAGAGAUGCUCACAAGUGGAAAUCAUAGUUUUGUCACUCAGUGGCUCAUGGUUUAAAUAGAUAAAACAAACUGCUCUACUGUCAUCAUUUUUCAGAAUAUAGAAUGAACAGUCUUAGAAAAAAAGAAAGUGUAGUCUGUUGGUUGAGUGAACUGCUGUCUCUUAAUGAAACAAAGUGUUUCUAAAUAUGUUUUUCUUUCCUACAAAUAUGCCAUUAUGAGGAUCCUGGUGUUUGGAUUUGUUUAACUGAAAAAUGGAUCACAGAAAAUGUAUGUGCAUGAAAGUUCUUUAUUUCAAUGGCCAUUGAGCUGCUCUUCCAUUGCUGGGCCAAUAUAUAUUUUGCCACAAGAACAAUGAGAUCUACGAACCGUGUUUAAUACCUUUAGUAAGCAGCAGUGUUAUUGUGGAAUAUUUCCCAGG